CAAUGUGACCAAAAAGUAAAAGAAUUUAUGAACCUCCUGGACUCUUUUGAUUUGAGACAGCUCGUUAAUCAGCCUACACAUAAAGCAGGUCAUACGUUAGACUUAAUGAUUACUAAAGGACUAAAAGUUGAUAUAAAGCAGGUCAUUGAUAUUAGUCUAUCAGACCAUUUUCUUCUACUUUUUAAUAUAGAAAUAAUGAUAGAAAACACUCAUGAGAAGCAUAUUGUUAAAAAACGCUUCUUUGACUUACCAGCAGCUUUAAAACUUACAAACAUUCUAAGCAAUCAGUCCGUUUAUAGUGCCAACUAUAACAGCGAGGAUAAUGUAAAUAGUAAGGUGGAAAGAUUUAAUACCAAAGUGAGAGCUGCUGUUGACAUAGUUGCACCUGAAAAGACAGUUAAAAAAUCUUCUAGCAUUGUUAUACCAUGGAAGACCCAAAGAGUGUCUGAUUUAAAGAGAACAUCCCGUAGAGCUGAGCGUAAAUGGAGGAAGACUAAACUAACUAUCCACUAUGAAAUAUUAAAAGUUAAAAUAACAGAAUACAAUAACACAGUCCGUCUUGAGAGGUGCUGUUAUUUCUCUAAGAUUAUAAAUAACAAUGCUAGUAAUCCCAGAGUCUUAUUCUCAACGAUUGAUCGUCUGUUAAACCCAAGUAACUCAAAGGAAUGCCUCCUAAGUACUUCCAGUAAAACCUGUGAGGCUAUUGCUGUAUUUUUCAAUCAAAAAAUUAAUGAUAUUAGAAAUAACAUAAUAUAUCUCCCCAACACUAAGGAUCCUCCUAAACCGCAGCAUUCCGUUAUAAACAAAUUAAACUCUUUCACUAGGAUAGAUUUACCUGAUUUAAAUAAAAUAAUUUCUCAACUGAAACCCUCCACCUGUGUCCAUGACCCAAUACCAACAAAUUUUUUCAAAGAAGUAUCGGGCGUGCUAAUUGAUAAUGUUCUUGACAUAGUAAAUUCGUCAUUAGAUACGGCUGUCUUCCCAGACUGUCUUAAGACUGCUGUAGUUAAACCCCUACUUAAUCUCGACCCCCUCACCACUUGAAAAUUUUAGACCCAUCUCUAACCUGCCAUUCUUAAGUAAAAUUCUGGAGAAGGCAGUCAUUAUGCAGUUAAAUGAGCACCUCAAUAAACAUGCUAUUCUUGAUAAAUUUCAGUCAGGUUUUAGAACAAAUCACAGCACAGAAACUGCACUUGUUAAAGUAGUAAAUGACUUGCGGGUAAAUGCAGACAGAGGCCAUUUAUCUGUUCUCAUCCUCUUAGAUCUGAGUGCCGCAUUUGACACCAUUGAUUAUAAUAUUCUUAGAAAUCAUCUUAGUCAAUGGUUGGGCCUCUCUGGCAGCGUCUUAAAUUGGUUUGAAUCCUAUCUGGCAGGGAGAAAAUUCUUUGUUAGUUGUGGUAAUUACAACUCAAAGACACAUGAUAUCCUAUAUGGUGUUCCACAAGGCUCUAUCCUGGGUCCGCUGCUCUUUUCAAUCUACAUGCUUCCGUUAGGUCAGAUUAUCUCAGGUCACAACGUGAGCUACCACAGCUAUGCUGAUGACACACAGCUGUAUUUAUCAAUAGCACCUGAUGACCCC